UCUCUCUCUCUCUAAAAAGUAAGAGAGAGAGAGAGGGUGAUAGCCAAAGCAGCUCUUGGUCAGACCUUUUUUUUUUGUUUUUUAUAUACAAAUAAUUUGUUCAACAAUAAAAGGAGCCCAUUUUCUUUUUCGGCUUAAAAUUUUUAAUUUUUCUCUUUUGUCAACAGAAGAAACAGAAGAAGAAAAGCAUUUAGAGGGCGACAGAAAAGUAGUUGCGGAGAGAAAGAUUUAAAAAAAAAGAAGAAAAAAAGAAAGAAAAGAAAAGAAGAGAAAGCCGAAGAAAGUGAAUACAGAUUUGCUGCACACGACCUGUUCGAAGAAGGAAUAAAAAAAAAAAAAAAAAAAAAAAAAAAAAAAAAAAGAUAGAAAAAUCAAACUCAAAAAGCUUGUCAAAAUCAAGGUAAGAGCUUCCCCGUUACCUCCUUCACUUUUUCUAGAGAGAGAAACUCAAACAACACUUCUAGAGAGAGAAGGAAGAACAGAACACAACACAACACAUUGUUGUAACAUUAUUGUUACACUCGAAAACGAAAACACAUGUAUUUUCGUAGCAGCUUACGUACUUGAUGGAUCUCCAUAACCAUGGUGGAUCAGCGCAGUAGCAGAGUAUUGCCCUUCUUCUUCUUCUUCUUCUUGUUCUACUUCUUCGUCUUGUUGGGGCCCACAUUUGAGCAGCAACUGAGUUCGCAGCUCGAGUUCAGGGCCCUGUUCGAACUCAGAUCGUCGUUGGGACUCCGAGGCAAAGAGUGGCCGAGGAAAACCGACCCUUGCCUCUGGAACGGCGUCGUUUGCGAGGAUGGAAGAGUCGUUUCGCUUAACAUCUCUGGGUUUAGGAGAACCCGUCUGGGUCGCCAAAACCCUCAAUUCUCCGUCAAUGGCUUGGCCAAUUUGACCCUUUUGCGGUCUUUCAACGCCUCCAAUUUCCUCCUUCCCGGCACGAUUCCCGAAUGGUUCGGUCAUAGAUUGAACUCUCUUCGAGUUCUUGAUCUUCGUUCUUGUUCUAUUUAUGGGUCUCUUCCUUAUAGCCUCGGCAAUUUGACGAAUCUCACCGGUUUGUAUCUUUCUAGAAAUAAUCUCUCUGGAUCUAUUCCUUCUUCUUUCACCAAUCUCAAGAAUCUUUCGUUUUUUGACUUGUCGUCGAAUUUCUUGUCCGGUUCGAUUCCGCUCGAGAUUGGGACAUUGUCAAGGCUUCAAGCUUUGAACCUCUCAAGCAAUAACUUGUCCGGUUCGAUUCCUGCUAUACUUGGGGACCUUGGAGCACUGGCUGACCUUGAUCUUAGCUUCAAUUCGUUUUCGGGUUCGGUGCCGCCGGAGUUGCGUGGUCUGCGGAGCUUGAAAAAAUUGUUGAUUGGGAACAAUUUGCUUUCUGGGUCUUUGCCUGACAAUUUGUUUAGCAAUCCAAGUAGUUUGGAGACCAUAGUUCUUAACCGUAAUAGCUUCAAUGGUGGAAUUCCUAGCGUGGUUUGGUCUGCACCCGGAUUGCGGUUUCUCGACGUCUCCGGGAAUAACUUCACCGGUCAGCUGCCUAAUUCCAGCUUGAGUGAUAAUGCCACUGUUGAUAGAGUGCUCAAUAUGUCCGGGAAUUUGUUUUACGGCGGUCUGUCGACGGUGCUUAGACAGUUCGGUUCCGUUGAUCUGUCCGGAAACUAUUUCCAGGGUGGGGUUCCGGAUUACGUUGUAGUCAAUGCGUCUCUUGACAGUAACUGCCUACAGAAUUUGAGAAACCAAAGGAAUCUUUCGGAUUGCGAAUCGUUCUAUGCCGAGAGGGGUCAAAAUUUUGAUGCACCGAGUCCUGCUCCCUCUCCUGCGGCGGAGAGGGAGACUUCUAAGAAGAGCAAUAGGAGGACGAUCAUUUUGGCUGCGGUUCUUGGCGGGGUUGGUCUUAUUUUGCUUUUGGCUAUAUUGCUGGUUUUAGUCCUUGUAUGUCUCCGAAAGAGAGGUGAUACAACACAAAGAGGAGUUGGUGUUGGGCCUGUUCCCGGCAGUAGCAGCCCCCCUCCCGCGGCAACCAUUAACUAUUCGAGCGUAGGAGAUGCGUUUACAUAUCUGCAGCUGCUCCAGGCCACAAGUGACUUUAGUGACGCAAACCUCAUAAAGAAUGGUCACUCGGGAGAUCUCUUCCGUGGCGUGCUGGAAAGUGGAAUACCUGUAGUCAUCAAAAGGAUCGAUUUGCGCUCGGUUAAGAAGGAAGCGCACCUUGUGGAGUUGGAUUUCUUUGGUAAAGCUUCACACACGAGAUUUGUACCCUUUUUGGGACAUUGCUUAGAGAAUGACAACGAGAAAUUCUUAGUUUACAAAUACAUGCCGAAUGGGGACUUAUCAAGUUCCUUAUACAAGAAAAACAACACAGAGGACGACAGUUUACAGUCGUUGGAUUGGAUCACAAGACUGAAAAUUGCGUUAGGAGCGGCGGAGGGUCUUUCUUAUCUGCAUCAUGAAUGCAAUCCGCCACUCGUGCAUAGAGAUGUGCAAGCAAGCAGUAUACUUCUUGAUGAUAAAUUUGAAGUGCGGCUAGGGAGCCUGAGUGAGUUCUGCACUCAAGAAGGGGACAUUCAUCAGAGCAAGAUUACGAGGUUACUGCGUUUGCCACAGUCUUCUGAGCAAGGUGCUUCUGGUACACCCACUGCAGUAUGUGCAUACGAUGUUUAUUGCUUCGGAAAGGUCUUACUUGAGUUGGUGACGGGUAAACUUGGCAUCAGUGCUUCAAGUGACGCCCAAGCAAAGGAAUGGUUAGAUCAAACAGUACCAUACAUCAGUAUAUAUGACAAGGAACUUGUUACAAAAAUAGUGGAUCCAUCCUUGAUUGUGGACGAUGACUUACUGGAGGAAGUAUGGGCCAUGGCCGUGGUUGCCCGGUCCUGUCUAAAUCCGAAGCCCUCAAGGCGACCCCCAAUGAGAUACAUUCUCAAGGCUCUGGAAAACCCUUUAAAGGUGGUAAGAGAAGAGAAUUCAGGCUCUGCGAGGCUCAGAACAACCUCCUCUAGAGGGUCUUGGAAUGCUGCUUUGUUCGGUAGCUGGCGUAGCUCAUCUGACAUAACAGUCAUUCCAGCAGUUUCCUCAACCAAAGUGGAGGGUGGGAGUGGCUUAAAACAUUCGGGAACGACGGGUUCACAGGGAAGUGGGCAGAAUGGAGGAGGGGGUGAACAUUCGUCCUCGUACAGACGGCAUUCUAGGGAGAUAUUCCCCGAACCAUCUAGCGUACAAGAUGUAGAAAGACCGGAUCAGGACUAGCUAAGACAUGUUAAAAUUGUUCUUGAUUCUUUUGUCAAUAAUACAACAGGCUUUCCUAAUUUGAGUGCCUGUUUGUGGUACCCCCAGCUUGCUUUUCUUCUCGAUUUUGAAGUCAAGAUGAUGUUUUCAAGCCAUUUUUUGUGUUGCAAAAGGCACACAUCUUCUCUGGCAGGGAAGGAGUGAAAGUAGCAUCAGAAGAUUAUUUGACUCCAGAAAAUCUGUACAAGUUUUGUUUGAUGGUGAUGAAUCUGGGAAGAAAAUUUGGGAGCAGAGAAGGUUCAGGGGUGCCACUGGCGGAUAUGGUUCUUAUUUGUUUGCCGGCUUGUUUAUGGCAUAAACAGGCUACAAUUUUUAUGCAAUUAAUUUCUCUCUGUUCUUUUUUUUUUUGUUUUGUUUUGUUUUUUUUUUACGUUUUUUUUUUCUUUGGGGUUUUGCUUAGUUUCUGAUCCUCUUGUGGAAUGUAAAUUGUAAUUGUUAAAGAUCCCUUAAUUCAAAAUCAGAUUUCACAUUUUGGUCCACCAAGAAGAGGAAAUGUUAGCGGUUACUAGGAGAAUCACUGUAAUGAGGGCUUGUGUUUAACUUCCACAUCUAAUCCCAUUCCUUCAAGCUCGGGAGUACUGUU